AUGAUUCCGCGCCACAAGAGGUCGCUUUCCUCCGAGCACCCAUCGUUAUCCUCUGACCGAACCGUCAUUAAAGCGAAGUCCACUACCAAUCUCUCCGACAUCGCUGCUUCCAAUGGAACACACAAUUCUGGAUUUGAUGAAAGCGGUUUCAGCACCUUGCAGGAUCCGCGAUUGAUGGUCGGGUCGGAGGUUUCACAUUCGACGUCAUCGCCUCAGCACCCCGAUUUGAGCAACGAAGUAGCAGCAUUGUCUGUGAAACUGAUCCAAGCCAUCAACAACCAAACAAACCUUGAUGAUAGCCUAGUUGCUACCCGCCAAGAGCUAGAACUAGCCCAGGGCAAGAUUCAAGCUCUGGAGUUUCAGAAUGAGAAGUAUCGGCGAGACAUUGAUAACAAAGUUUAUAUAAAAAAGGCCGACGCUGAUCGCGAAAUUUCGCAAUUACGGGCUGCAUUAGCGGAAGAGAAGACCCAGCGUCUCGCCGCUGAAAAAGGCAAGAAAACUAUUGAGCAAGAAGUGGAAACUCUUACUGCGGCUCUUUUUGAAGAAGCCAAUAAGAUGGUAGCUUCAGCUAAGAUCGAACGUGAGGCAGUGGAGAAGAAGAAUGAGCAGUUGCGUUCACAAGUCAAAGACACCGAGUUACUCCUGGCAUCGAACCAGGACCAGCUUGCCGAGCUCAAGUCUGUUAUGCAAGGGAUGAAUCUUCAGAAAGAUGAUGUAGAAAGCCGUUCCACUCCGGCUCCACCAUCUCCGGAUGGACAUUCACCAGCGCAAGGUUCUAGUAACGAAGAGCCCGAGCUUGACCCCGUUCCUAUAUUGAUUGACAAUACCGAGGAGCUCACUCCGGGGCCUUCCUCCAGCUUCCCGCAGCUCCUCCGCAUGGUCUGCCGGACGGAUUUGCAGGCUUAUGAGGAUUUCCGCGAUCUCCUUGUACUCUCUCGGAGCUCCAAACCUCCUAGCCGUGCUGCUAGUGGAUCGUAUGGAGGCCUGAACGUGAUGGGGCUGGCAAGCUUUGCUAGCGGAGGAUCUCCGUCGGCGACCUCAUCACCCACCAAGGGGUUUACCCAUUCUCCCAAUGGGAGCACGUCUUCUGCAACGGGAUCACAUUUUUCCUUAAAGGAAACUCGCUUCUACAAGCGCGUGCUUCUGGAGGAUAUUGAACCUACAUUGAGACUAGAUCUAGCGCCGGGGAUCUCAUGGUUGACCCGACGUACUGUUCUAAGUGGUAUUUGCGAAGGCAGUCUUGUCGUGGAGCCAAUGCCCCCACAAUCCAAAGUAUUCGAAUUCCCUUGCUCUGUCUGUGGUGAACGCAGACCUGGCACGGCUAACGCGAGAACCCAUCGUUUCCGAACUUCAGAUAGCGAGACCGCUCAAAGGUACUCACUUUGUGUUCUCUGCUUAGAAAGAGUGCGCUCCUGUUGCGAGUUCACUGGUUACUUGCGUCUCAUCCUUGAUGGACACCUUCGGGCUGGCGAUACUGAAGAAGAAAAGGAAACAUGGGAUGAGACCAUCCGUCUCAGAGAGAGGAUGUUCUGGUCCCGUAUCGGAGGAGGAAUCAUUCCCUUGUGCAAUCGCCCAAGCGAACCAGAGACGGAGCUGGUCAGAACAGAGUCUAAUACUGGCGCCGAGGACGACGAUGACCGGUAUCUUCAUCCUGUGGACGUUACUUACCUCGAGCCCAGGAUAGAGGAAUUAUCUCCAGCGGAGGAUGAACUCGCACCGGAAACACCAAUCACAGAAUCCGACACUGAUCAUAUAACCCACCCUGAUCUUCCUCGACCUCAAAGUUCUAUCUAUGACAGGGACGAUGCUGCUUCCUUGAGUGACUCGGAACGUAAGCGAGUUUCUAUGGAUUCCGUAGCAAGCGUUUAUGAAGAGGCUAGCGCUGACGUGGAUACCAAUUCCACGAUACCUGUUCCCAAUGAGCCCUCAAUCAUUCAGAGUCGAGACACAGACACAGAUCUUGCAAAACCUAAUGGUUUGAGCAACCCUUGA